GCUUCUAAAACUAGGAGCAUCUCUUUCUAUCACGCUCUCCGACCCUUCUGCAUCUCAUUGCCCUCUCAGCACCAUCUCCUCUCUUUCCCACAGAUGCAAAGCAAUAGCGGAGCAGCUCAUCAGGCCUGCGCGUCAUGCAAGCAUCAGAGGAAGAGGUGCGAGCCCAACUGCCUGAUGGCCCCAUUCUUCCCACACGACGAGAUGGAGAGUUUCCAGGCAGUGCAUAAAGUGUUUGGAGUUAGCAACACGCAGAAGAUGAUUAAGAACAUCGAGUCGCAUGAUGAUCGAAGUAAGGCGAUCAAGUCCAUCGUAUGGGAGGCCCAGUGCUGGGAGAUGGACCCAGUUAAUGGGUGCUUGGGUCGGUAUAUGGAACUGGAACAUGAGAAAAACAUGCUGAAGGAAGAGAACAAGAAGUUGUGGAACGAGAAUAACCUACUCAAGACUCAAUUCUUGCAAUCACAGUACAAUGCUGGGAAUGGCUCGUAUGAUUGGAGCAAUAUCAAUAAUGGUAUUGUAAUAGAUACUGAAAAUGAUAACAACGGCUACAUCACUAGCUACGCUGACUACAUUCAGCCAUACCCGUUACGAACCUUAAGAAAACCAGACCAAACAAGAAAUUCUCUGGCUCUCCAUUCUCAGUCGCAGAUUAACCAACACCAAUACACAGUUCCAGUGAACUCAAAUAAGCUUGAGCAGGUUGGUUUAAGUGCGAUGAAUGUGAAUAGCGAUGCGACGGAUGUGAAGAGUGAAACAAUAUGGGGGACGAAAAUGAUUAAUGAUCCAAAUUGGAUGAGAUAAUCAUGGGUUGCAAUAUAUCAAGAAAUUUCACAUUGUAUUGUAGUAGGAAUUUUUAUUUUUAUUUUUAGUUUUUGGUUGAUGGCUAAUUUAGAGAGACUAAUUGAAUAUGAUUGUUUUCUUUUGUAUUUAUAAUAUUUGAAAUUGAAUAAGGUUUUGAAGUAUUAUUUUGAUUUGGAGAUUUAUUUCGCAAGUUAAAGUGGUUUAGUUCUGCUUAGAUUCUUAGUACAAAGUUUCAAUUGAGCUACAAUGUAUAAAAAUCAGUUUAUUUUAGUGAAUUAAAUUCAAAUCCAUUAUUGAGGUCAGGAUCAUCAAUGAAGCAUGUGAGUAGACCAUCUAUUCAUACAUGGGCCCUUGUGUCAUCAAUGGAUCUGCCAAUUUUCAUGCGAAAACUUUGGUAUAAAGCGGUUCCAAUAGAUGAAACCGUGGACAAUGUAUUUAUACAUGGGCCCUUCUGUCAAGUGUUUGGCAAUGUUGGACAAUCUAUUUAUACGUGGGCCCUUAUGUCAAGUGUUUGGCAAUAUUACUAGGUUUUACAGCGAGGUGUUAGAAGAGGCAGGGUUAUGAGUCUCUAGGACUUUUUACUUAAUAAUGGUGGUAACAUUCAGAAGAGGAAGAAGUGAUGAAAUAGAAACAUCGAUCUCAAAGCAUAAAACAUCCUCAACGAAUGUAACAUCUUUAGAAAUAUACUCGUUGUUAGUAACGAGAUAGUAGCACUUUAACCCUUUUCUAAAGUUGAAAUAGUUAA